AUUUCGCAGAAAUAAAUAAAAAUCUGAUAUAACACGAUAAGUCAAAUAAAAAAAAUAAGAUAACAUAGGCAUUUAAACUGCAACCACGUAUUCAUCUAACGUACAAUAAUUCUCCAUAGUAUAAAGUUUAAUCAAAUUUUUCACGACUAACUGUAAAAACAUGGGAAAGAAAGGAAAAAGAAGCAAAAAUAAGAGCAAAUCUGAAGAACCAAAAACUGAUCAAGAACAGCAACCUGAUCCGCAACAACAGCAACCUGGCCCGUCACAGCAACAACCUGGCCCGCGACAACAGCAAUCUAAGCCGCAACAACAGCAAUCUGAGCCUCAACAACAGCAAUCUGAGCCGCAACAACAGCAAUCUGAGCCUCGACGAAAACAGCGUGACCUGCAACCACGGCAACCUGGCCCGUCACAGCAACAACCUGGCCCGCGGCGACAACAGCAAUCUGAGCCGCAACAACAGCAAUCUGAGCCGCAACAACAGCAAUCUGAGUCGCAACAACAGCUAUCUAAGCCUCGACGAAAACAGCGUGACCUGCAACCACGGCAACUUGGCCCGUCACAACAGCAAUCUGAGCUGCAACAACAGCAAUCUGAGCCGCAACAACAGCAAUCUGAGUCGCAAGAACAGCACUCUGAGCCUCGACGAAAACAGCGUGACCUGAGACCACGGCAACCUGGCCCGUCACAGCAACAACCUGGCCCGUCACAACAGCAACCUGGCCCGUGGCGACAACAGCAACCUGGCCCGUCACAACAGCAACCUGGCCCGUGGCGACAACAGCAACCUGACCCGUCACAAGAGCAACCUGGCCCGUCGCGACAACAGCAACCUGGCCCGUCAGAACAGCAACCUGGCCCGUGGCGACAACAGCAACCUGACCCGUCACAACAGCAACCUGGCCCGUCGCGACAACAGCAACCUGGCCCGCAACGACAGAAGGAAACUGCUGUGGUUUCACAAGAAUCUAAAAAAUUUAAGUUAUCAAAAGCACUCCAAGAUUCAUACUUGGCACAAAUACCUGUGAAAAAAGUUGGGGGAACUCAGGGUAGACAAAUUACUGUGGAAGCAAAUAUGUUGAGACUUAUUUUUCCCUCAAAUUUUGCAACAAAUAUUGUACAUUAUGAUGUAAAUAUUAUACCAGACAGGCCAAAGGCAUUAUUACGGUCUGUUUUUGAACAAUUCAAGAAAAAACAGUGCCCAAAAAGAAAUCCUGUCUUUGAUGGUAAAAAGAAUGCAUAUAGCGCAAAGAAACUUCCUUUUGGAAAUGAAAGUCCAGUAGAAGAAGUAACAAUUUUUGAUCAUGAAUUUGCAAGAGAAAGAACUUUCAAAAUAUAUCUAAAAAAAGUUGCAGAACUUGAUUUAUCAUGGAUAAAUAAGAAAUAUUAUACUGCAUUUGAAGAUGAUGAUAAAUUGAGUUGUAUUCAAGCAUUGGAUAUUAUAUUACGUCACGAAUCUAUGCUACGAUUUGUAACUGUUGGCAGAUCAAUUUUUCAACCACCAAUUUCUGGCAGGGUUGUAUCAUUAUCAAAUGGCUUAGACUUAUGGGUUGGUUUAUUUCAAUCUGUUGUGAUUGGAUCUAAACCAUAUUUAAAUAUAGAUGUUGCACAUAAAGGAUUUCCUACACCUCAACCAGUUAUAGACUUGAUGAAAGAAUUAUGUAAGAAUCCCAGGGCUCGUGAAGAAUCAAGAACUAUAACUCCAGCAGAUGUAAACCAUAAUUUUGACAAAAUAACCAACUUUUUAAAAGGUUUAAAAAUUCAAUAUGAAUUACCUGAACAGCCUACUAGCAAAAGAACUUAUCGUGUAAAUGGAUUAGUUCCUUGUGCAAGAGAAAACAGAUUUACUUUAGAGGAUCAAACUGUUUGUACAGUUGAAGAGUAUUUUUUACAAAAGAAAAGAUAUAAAAUAAAAUAUCCUGAUUUACCUUGUCUUUGGGUAGGAUCACGAAAUAGCAAUAUUCAUUUACCUGCUGAGUUAUGUACUAUUGUAGCGGGUCAAGUUACACAGAAGAAAAUGGAUGAAGUUCAAGUUUCUAAAAUGAUUCGUGAAGCAGCAACUGAUACUAAAACACGUAAAGCUAAAAUUAUGAGUCAAUUUGCUAACAUGAAUUUGAACCAACAACCAUCUUUAUUAAAUGAAUUUCACUUUUCUAUACAUGGGGAAUUUGAAAAAGUUCCUGCAAGAGUUCUUCAGGCUCCUGUAUUAAAAUAUGAUCAAAAGGAAGUUAACGUUUUUAAAGGAACAUGGAGACCAGAAAAAUUUUUAAAAGCAUGUGAUUUACAAGAAAAUACAUGGACUAUUUUAAACUUAGAUUCAUACAUAUCAGAACCUACCUUAUAUCAAUUACAGAAAAAUCUACAAAGUGGUGGUAAAUUAUUGAAUAUGAAAAUUGAUAAAGCAUUAACUCCAUUUGCCACUUUAACAGUGCAACGUAAUAUUAAGGUUAUAAAUCAAUAUUUUGAAGAAAAAAAAAAGCAAAAUAUAAAACUAGUUGUAGUAAUACUUCCAAACUUAAAUAAUGCAUAUAGUAUAGUAAAACAAAUUUCUGAACUUCAAAUACAUGGUGGAAUUGUGACUCAGUGUAUAAAAUCUCAAACUGUAAGAAGGUUGAAUAAUUCAACGGUUGUGAAUAUAUUGUUGAAAAUUAACUCAAAGCUUAAUGGCGUUAAUCAUACUUUGGUUCAGCGUCCGCCUUGCUUAUGUGUACCAUGUAUGAUCGUUGGUGCAGAUGUGACUCAUCCAUCACCGGAUUCUGUAAACAUACCUUCAAUUGCUGCUGUUGCAGCAAGUCACGACCCUAAUGCUUUUCAAUUCAACAUUGAAGUAAGACUGCAGUCACCAAGAGAAGAAAUGAUUCAAGAUUUAGAAGAAAUUAUGACGAUUCAAUUGAAAUUCUUUUUUGUGAAAACAGGAUACAAACCUAAGAAAAUAAUUUUUUAUCGGGAUGGUGUAAGUGAAGGACAACUUGUACAAUUGAUGCAUUUUGAAUUAUCAGCAAUAAAGAAAGCUGUUAUGCGCUUAGAUAAGAGUACUGCAUGUAAUAUCCCAAUCGCGUACUUUGUAGUACAAAAAAGACAUCACAUCCGUCUUUUUCCAACCAGUGAAAGAAAUUCCGAUGAUAGAAACUUUAAUGUACAGGCGGGUACUAUCGUUGAUACAGAAAUUACACAUCCAACUCAUAUAGACUUUUAUCUUGUAUCCCAUGCUAGUAUACAAGGCACAGCGAGACCUACAAAAUAUAGAUGUAUAUGUAAUGAAACUAUGAUGUCAGAAAAUGAAAUUGAACAACUUACAUAUUAUCUUUGUCAUAUGUUUGCACGUUGUACAAGGUCUGUCAGUUACCCUGCGCCAACAUAUUAUGCCCAUUUAGCUGCCUUCAGAGCAAGAACAUUAAUACAGAAUGUUACUUUAAAUCUGGAUAAUCUAAGAGAGGAACAGCAAAGAAAAAUGACUUUACAGAUAAAUAAAAAUUCUCCUAUGUUUUUUGUAUAA